AUAAAUCUGCAUCUUCAACAAUAUUCUGCAUUGAAACCCCUCCACCCAAUUCCAGCCAACUACCAUGCGUUUCGCCUCCAUUACUUUCAUUGCCUGCGCCGUCCUCUAUCGCUUCGCCUGAUAUCGCCAUGGGUGCCUCCACUGGCUCCAAGGGAUCAGCUGUUGGCUCCAAGGGAUCGGCAGGUAAGGUCAAGCCUGCUCCCGCCUCUGCAGCCAAGUCAAAGGCGCCGGCUCUCCCUAAAUCGAAGGCCACCGCAUCGCACACGGCCACCGCAUCGCACACGGCCACCUCAACCAGCGCUGCACCUACCUCAACCAACCUGACGCACGACAAUGCCCAACCGGCGUCCUCUCGUGCUCCACACAGACCAAGACCACCGAUCAUUGCUGCUUCGAGCAGAACGGACCAGUACGUCCUGUCGCAGCAAUGGACCAAGGGGCUGGGCACCGAUGAUUACUUCACCAUGCACGGUCUGUGGCCAAACACCUGCUGCGGUUCACGGGUGUACAAGAAACCGCUGAAGCCUGCGCUGGUGACUGACAUGACAAAGUACUGGCCGUCGAAGGGCAAGCCCAAUGAUGAGUUCUGGGGCCAUGAGUGGUCGAAGCACGGUACCUGUGUGACUACCCUGCGCCCGCAGUGCUACAAGUCGUACAGCAAGAACCAGGACAUCGUCGACUACUUCACCAAUGCCAUGAACCUGCACAAGAAGUACGACUAUGCUGCUGCCCUGAAGAAGCACAGCAUUGUGCCGGACAGCACGAACCUUGUCAAGGCUGCUGACUUCAAGAAGGCUAUCCACACUGAGCAUGGCGUCAAUGUCGUGCUCAAGUGCAAGACUAACCCUGCCACCAAGGUCAGCGAGCUCAACGAGGUCUGGACUUACUUCCACGUCCAGGAUCUGAACACUUACAUUGGGACCCAGCCAG